AUGGCGUCGAAAGAACCUUCAGAGGUCCUUGACCCUGCCUUUGACAACCCUCUCCUCAUAAGACAUCCACAAGCCCACACUGUCCCUAGGUUCGGCCGUCAUUUGCACCAUGACUUUCACGAUAAAUUUAAUGCUGAAGUGAUUGAGGACAAUAGAGUUAUGUCAGAAUCACAGGAUGCUAAAGAAGAGGAAAGUGAUGAUCAAGUCGGUGCUGACGAAGAUGGUGGCGGUGAUGAGACGUAG